GGACCCGGCCGGGGCGGAGCCGGCGAGCGCGGCGCUGCGGGAGGGGACGGCCAUGGGCGGUGUGGGGACGACCUUGCGGCCGGCGGCGCGCGGCGCCUGGAACCUGAACCAGAGGCGGGACAUCUCCUCCUGGCUGGCCCGCUGGUUCCGUAAAGCCCCAGCCAAAUCCGUGGUGGCCCUGAAAAUGCCCAUCAAGGUGGAGGUGGUGGCUGGGAAAACCUACAGGUGGUGUGUGUGUGGCCGCAGCAAGAAGCAGCCCUUCUGUGAUGGCUCCCACUUCUUCCAACGCACUGGCCUAUCGCCACUCAAGUUCAAGGCCCAGGAGACCCGCAUAGUGGCCCUCUGUACUUGCAAGGCCACCCAGAGGCCCCCAUACUGCGAUGGCACCCACAGGAGUGAGCGGGUGCAGAAGACAGAAGUAGGCUCCCCACUUUGAGCAGUGGCUGCUGCCCAGCCCCAGGUGGCCUCAGCUCCAGGCCUCUCUGACAGGCACCCGCUUUGUUGGGAAGGAAACUGAGUGCUGAGCCCAAGAAGGGAUCAUCUGGAGAACCCAGUAUCCACAGUUGGCUGGUGGAGGAAUCGCUCCUUAUAACCUGAAGUCUCCAGUUGGGCAGCCAGGAGUGGGCUCCUGGUUCAUCUGCUGAUGGAGAAGAUGGCAUUAAACAAACAU